AUGACGUUGGCUGUUGAGGUUGAGAUUCCACAAAAAACCUUUCCUUUGGCUCUUUUCAUUGCCGUGAUUUUCACCUGCGUCUCUUACUUGAUUCCACUCUUCGCCGUCACUGGAGCUGUUUCCGUCGACCAGAGCGAGUGGGAAAUCGGGUUCAACGCGCAGGCGGCGGAGAUCAUCGCCGGAAAAUGGUUAAAAAUCUGGAUCAAAAUCGGUGCAGCAUUGUCGGCAAUUGGGCUCUUCGAGGCCCAAUUGAGCAGCAGCGCGUACCAGGUUGAGGGCAUGGCGGAGAUUGUGAUUCUGCCGAAGCUUUUCGGGUUGCGGUCGCGGUGGUUCAACACGCUGUGGUUGGGGAUAUGGAUAUAUUGCAGAGGGUGGCCUAACUGGGGAGCGCAAGCGGUUGGUGCCUCGAAGAGGUAAAACACCUCUAGAUGCCAGGAGGAGUUGAAGAUGUACAAUAAAAAGCUUCUAAAGACGUUGCUGAAUGAAGGACUUGCAGUUUUAGGGGAUGGUGUAUCUGAAUCUGAUUAUAUUAGAGUGCAGGAGAGGCUAAAGAAACUCAUAAAGGGGCUCUGUCGUGGCUUUGUUGGUGCAAAAAUAAGUAUAAUUUUUUUUUUUAAAUGCAAUCUACAUUGGUUGUCUAGAGAACUGAUACAUCAGUUCUUCAGAACCGAUAUAAAAUUAUAUAUAUUUUUUACGUCGCUCUAUUUUACAUUAGUUUUAAAAUUGAUGUAGAUGCCUUUAGAG